AUGACCGCCCGCCACAGCUCCAUCAACAGGCCCCUCCUUCCCUUCACUUGCACCUUCCACUUCCUUUCCCAGUAUAUAGGGAAUUUCUCUGGUCUGCCGAAAGGGGCCAAGGCUAGCAGUGUUUUUGAAGGUGGACCGCCGCCGCGAGAGAGGUAUGACGAGAGCACUACAGUGAGUUGGGCCUUUUGUCUCGUACUGGCGGUGCGGCGUGAACGUGGAAGCAAGGGCCGCAUGGCGUGUGCAUAUGGAAUGGAGUACCUGCUGCUGAAAUGGAAGGGAUCUGUACUUCAGCGAGAAAUGAUCCUAAGGCUGGCCGGGGAGAACGCGUCCGAGGAGAGGCAGCAGCGUGUGGGCGACUACCUGCGGGCGGUGGCGAACGCCUCGCUGCGCCGCCUGGGGGCCCUGCGCCGCUUCGCGGGCGACCGCAGCCUGCCCCAGUCCGACCUGCUGCAGCUCGUGCUCGAGGUGAAGUUCAACUUCUCACACACGGCGGCAAAUGUGCCGCCCUUACGGAUGACGCUGCUGGAGGAAGGCGUAUGCUACUACUCCAACGCCCGGGUAGCGCUUCUCGCGUCGCCUCUGCCGGAAGAAGAGUCUGGAGUCACGGCGAGUAAAUACGUCACAUCAGUCGACCACGUAGACAUAACUGGCUCGCUGUCUUACAUGAACACAGGAUACAGGCUGUUCGUGUCGUCACCAGACGAGAUACCGAACAUGAUGUCAGCUGGCCAUUCCGCGAUGCAGCUAUCACAACUGGAAAUGUUCGUUGGGGUACUGCCCAUGUCCGCCACGGAAGCACUUCUUUCUCUGAGAGUGGAGCAGCGCCGCUGCCGGCAAGCGCACGAGUCUCCACUCGGCAUCAGUCCCCACUAUUACACCUACGGCUUAUGUCGCCUCCAGUGCCGCAUAGACCUCGCUACCAAGCUGUGCGGUUGCGUGCCCUACUUCUAUCCACGACAAGAGGAAAUGGUGACGUUACCAGAAGGGCUGGCUGACUGCGACUGCCUGCCACGCUGCUCCGAGAGGCAUUACUACCCGCUGGAUUAUAAACUGUUAGACAACGACAAUGGUGGCGGUGCCGCCCUCUAUCGUUGGAGUGUCAAACAGUUCCCACGGGUCAACCUGAGGAAAGACGUCCUCUUCACUUUCGUUGACCUUUUAGUGUCGUUCGGCGGCGCGGCGAGCUUCUUCAUGGGCUGCAGCAUCCUGAGUCUGGUGGAGCUGGUGUACUACAUGACGCUGCGCCUCUAUUUCUACCGCCGGGCUGCCCUGAACCGUUAG